AUGGUUCUAUAUGACACAAAAAGAGUCAGAGCAUAUCUACAUCCAAAGGAAAAAACACCAUGGAGGAAGAUAAAAAACAAAAACUUCAUCCCAAAAGCCAUGUUCAUGGCUGCAGUAGCAAGACCAAGGUGGAACCAAGAUGGUUCUUGUGCAUUUGACGGGAAGAUUGGCAUAUGGCCUUUCACAAAACAAGUUCCAGCACAAAGAUCAUCAGAUAACAGGCCUAGGGGAACUCUAGAAACAAAGCCCAUUGAUGCAAUAACAAAAGAUGUUAUUAGAGACAUGUUGGUAAACAAAAUCAUCCUGCCAUCAGGGAGAAAUGGCCAAAUGACCUUAGCAAGGUUGAUACAACAGCCACCAAACAGCCCAGACAUGAAUAUUUUGGAUUUAGGUUACUUUAGAGUACUUCAAACAUUGCAAUACAGAAAAUCACCAAGGAAAAUUGACCAACUAGUUGCUGCUGUUAAUGAAUCAUGGGAAGAACUACAUCCAAAGACUCUAAGUAAUGUAUGGAUGUCACUUCAAUUCUAUCUAAAUGAAGUUAUAAAAGUUUGUGGAAAUAAUGAAUAUGAUGAACCCCAUGCAAAGAAGUCACAACUUGAAGAUUUAGGCUUGCUGCCAGAAGAAGUUGGAGCAGCUGUUGAAGAUGUUCACAAGGCAGUUCAAUUUAUUGCUGAACAUAAGAAUGGCAAUUGA